GCUGCUGCGCAACCCCUUCCCCGCCCGCCCGGUCGCUCCAGUGCCGUCGCCUCCUCCUCGCAGCCCCGCACGGCGCGGCCCGGUCAACAUACACAGCUGCAAAAUCCCAACUUGACAUAAUGAACAACCAAGAGGCUGGUGUUCUCUGUUGCUGGAGAUGUAGGAAAUAUAUAGCAAAUUCUGGUUUUUUUGCAAAAUGUAAUGGGAAAAAAACAUCCAAAAUAUCACAACCUUCAGCUGCUGCUCAGAAUUCUUGCAAUGUUUGGCAUGUGAGCUUAGAAGCCGUUCCAGAGUGGGUGAAAUGUCUCAUUGAAAAGGCACAAUGGACAAUUGGAAAACUGCAUUGUCCAUUCUGUGAGGCCUGCUUAGGGGGAUUUAACUUUGUUUGCAACAAAGAAUGUUCCUGUGGACAGUUAGUAAAUAUACAUUUCUUCAAAACUUGGACUGAGAAUCCAAUUAAAUUGUCAAAAUCAUCAGAGAAACAUUUGCUUCUCAAAAUUCAGUCUGGUUUUAACAAGGAUACCUGCCAUGAAGUGGUAACUGCAACUUUGGAAAUCAUAAAUCAAGGGCUUUCCUACACAGCUAGAAGUAAUAAUGGUGCUGGAAGAUUAACAGAAGCACUUUGUCUAGAAGAAAGAGUUCCCAGAUACAAGAUAGAAAGUAAAAAACUUCCCUUAAAGGCAUUAAAUCAAAAAAGAAAUCUCCCUUUUUCCUAUCUUAUAAAAGAUACAUGCACUGCAAAACCUUUUCACAGAAGAUCAUGUAGCUUGGAUUUAAAUAUCAGAGAAAGACUUGUUUUGUCAUCUGUGUUAUAUGAAACUUGCAGCAUGGGAACACUUUACUGUGGCCAAAAUGAAAAUCCAUCUGCUUACGUACAAGGGAGCUUGCAAUUAGAAUCCAGUAGGAAAGAUGGUAGUUCUUUUCAGUAUCUGUAUAGUUCCAGGGCUGACAUACUACAAAACAAAUUUCAAGUUACUUCUGUUACCACAUUACUACACAGAGACACUGAAAGUGAGUGUGAUUUUGAAGUUACUGGACAAUGUUCUGGGAGUGUCAUUGCUGAUGGGUCACCAUUUUUGAUGAAUCUUUCCUUGCCUGCAAGGGCUGUAGAAGACAAACAGUACAUCACACCUGGUGGUCUUGCGCAGCCUAUGAGCAUUUCCUUCAACCAAAAGCUGAGUAAGAGAGAAAGAAACAAGUCAAAAAGCCUGAGGAGAAAACGAAGAAGGCGAGAGCAAUGUCUACAGAAGCAAGUCACUUCAGGUUCUGAAAGGUGCUAUGAGGUCUCCCUGGAGCCUUUUCUCCAGGAUGAACAGCUCCAGCUGUCUGAGACUGUCCUCAAAGGAGAGAUGCUCCAGCCCUCUGAUCAACUUAGUAGCUCUGCUCUGAAGACCAGUGGUUAUUUCAGUGAGAUUACAGCUGGAGAAAAAUUUUUAGAGACUGGUGUGAGAACAAUGACAUGCUAUGUUGAGGCUGGAAGACCAGGGUAUGCUAAUUCAAAUUUAAGUUUGAACUGUUGCAAAACUAAGCAUGUCACAUUUUCCAGGCAGUAUUUUCUUUGAGAAUAUUGAAUACAGUGUAGGUACUUCAUUGGAGCAUUAGGAAUCCUGGGGUAUUUCAAGAGAUGAAAAUGAUGAAAAACCCCAACAUUGAUAAAAUGAUCAUCUUACCCAGUUGCGAGAAUUUUCUUUUGUAUGUAUGUAUAUAAGUAUUCGCCUGGUGUAAACCACAAAUCAUCUACAAUUUGGAAGAUCGUAAUUUUAUGUAGUAUUUUCUCAGAUGCAGUAAAGAUGAUACAUUGAUUGUGGUAAUGUGGAACAGUCUGAAUUAUUAAUUUAGUUUCAUUUUACAGUAAAAUAGUUUUUAAUUUAUUAUGCUAUAAAUUACAAUAUAUGCUUUCACAGAGCUGUUAUCUGUCUUUGAAAGUUUUAAGUGAAUAUCUAAUUUUGAUACUCAUAAAUCGGUAUGCUCAAAACCUUUAUAAUCUAAAACUAAAAAUGCAUAUUAUCAGAAGUGUUUAAGAGGCUCUCAUUCAGGUAAUAGAUUUUAAGUUUUAAGAGAUUCAUUAUUUGCUGGGUUACUGUUGCAAAUAUCUUUGGAGUAAAUAAUUUUAUUUAAAGCUUUAAUUUGCAAAUAACCUUUGUCGAUUGGGUAAAACAAAGUCACAUUUAACUGUCUAGGAAUGUAGACAGUAGUUCUCUAUAAGGAUAGUUUCUAAUGGUAACAUACAUUUGUUUUGCUAUACUGAAAACUGAAGUUCAAACAGCUAUACUCAAACCUGGGAGAGCCUGUGUUCUCUGAGGAUUUUUCUGGAUUUUUUUAUGCCUUGUAAAAAUUGUUGUAAUUUUUAACUGAAAUGAGUCAUAGUUCUUCUAAGAAUCUUGUUAACCUUUGAAUUCUUAAAAGAAUUGCAGCUCUAGAACAAGAAAUUAUACCAGAUAGCCAUAUGACCAUUUUUACUAUACGUACAGCUACACAUUUUAUAAAAUAAUAUUUGAUGGUAUUUUUCCAUUAAAAGUAACUUUUUUCAUUAUAAAGUAUUUUUUCCCAUUAUAAAGUAAUCUCAUUUGAUACAAGUGGAGAGCUAAAUGAUGGUAUUUUUUCUAUAAGUGAGUGUAAAGAGAGAAAUGAGCCACCUGCAUCUGUUUGAUGUUAGUGUGUAUACCUUUUAAACUUCAGCAAGACUGUCAUUUUGAAAUACAGACCUAGAAAACUGUAUCAUUUUGAUUGUCAGAUUAUGUGCUUUUGUUGUAAACACAGAAAAAUAAAUGUUCU